CCGAGAUGUGCUCACAUAAAGUGUACGUCGAAUCCGCACUUCAAAGUUCAAAACUAUUACAGUUCCAUUGAGAUGUCUGUAUGUUUAUCUAAUUGAACAACUUUGAUUUUAAGAGUGUAUUGAUAAUUCUACUUAGAAGUUUAUUGUUUAACUUAGUGAUGUAGGGUUUUACUACAAAGAUUUAUUACCUGUGAAGCUGUUAAAUCUAUGUUAUUUGUUUUAAAAUUUUGACUGUUGUGUUAUGGAUAACUUAUUUAGAUAUUCGUAUAUUUCCAAUCUUAAAAUCUUAAGAUUUUAUAGACAAUAGUACUAUAACGAGUGAUAUUCAUCUUCGUCAAGAUCAUAUUUAUUACUUUAUUAAUUGAGCAGAAUAAUAAAACUGGAUAUAAGUAUAUUCUUCGUAAACCGGAUUAAGCCGGUUCACAUUAAUGUGAGCGUCAGUAACCAGGCAACCGUGUACUUCGAGGAACUGGAGCCUUGGAAACCUCUCAAGUAACAUCUUACAUCUUACCCUGAGUACCGAGUGCAGUCGUCAUGCUCGCAGCAUCAGCAAUUAUGGUCGCCAUCGUGUCCCUUAUCAGCGGGUGCGAGGCAGCGUCGUCUUCGGAUGCGACUCGGCUCGGGCCCGUGUUUACGUCUGAACCGGGCGGGCUAUUGCGGUUCCCGGCGACAGCGGGAGCGCGGGUUUGGUGCGCGGCGAGGGGGCCGGGGGACACGCCCCUCGCCGUCACCUGGCUCACCGACGACAACAUUCCGCUCACUGACUUGCCCGGACUCAGGCGAGUGUUCUCAAACGGGACUGUUGAGUUCCUGCCCUCAGCGAUACACAGAGCGGGUGUCGACGCCUCCAGUACGAUACGAUGCCGCGCCUCGAACGCGCAUGGUACGAUCCUCUCACGGGACGUUCACGUGAUACCAGUGUGGGAGCGAGAAUGGGAGGUGCGGCUGGUGGCGGGAGAGGUUCGAGCGGGCGGCAUAGCAGCGCUCCAGUGCCGGGUGAGCGGCACGCAAGCCCGCGCUGCACUCUGGUACCGACGAGACGAGCCGUUGCAGCUUUCACCACCUUCUCCAGAUUCGCGGUACCUGGUGGCGGGUGACACGCUGUUGAUACGCGAUGUGACCGCGGCGGACGCGGGCGAGUACAGCUGCGCCGUGCGAAACGAGCUCACCGGGCACACGCGCCGUGCGCCUCCCUCCGUGCUCACUGUACUGGAUGGAGCGUCUAGCAGCGCUCCCCGCCUUGCGUCCGCCUCACGACACCUGACCGUGACGAGCGCCCGUGACGUCACGUGUCUGCCGUGCGCCGCCACUGACUAUCCGCCACCUCAUUAUACUUGGUACCGUGAGGAGCAGGGUCGGCUGCAGCCCGUAGAAGCUACGGCGUCGGGUCCUGUUUGGUUUUGGGGAGGCGGCGCAGCGCUGUGUGUCACCUCCGCAGCGGCCGGCGUCCAACACACGACCGGCGCUUGGCUGUGCAAGGCAUACAACGUGUUCGGAGACGCCACUGCACAGCUCCGGCUUGAAGUAGAUGACGACUUAUCCGUCUCUCUUGCACCCAAUCUUCUGGUAGGUGAGGCUGGUAGCAUAGUGCGUCUCAACUGCACCGUAAGUGCCCCAGGCGCAACCCUGCAGUGGCUCCACAAUGGGGCUCCACUUCCCGGAGCCUCGGGCACCACACUAGUGCUGAGGGGCUUGGCACGCUCACAUGCAGGGAUGUACCAGUGUGUGGCGCGAGACGGCCUGCGUAGUGCACAGGCUUCAGCUGAAAUAAGACUUGGAGAUUCGCCGCCAGAGAUGCAGUACACAUUCAUAGAGCAGGCACUACGUUCAGGCGGCUCAGUAGCGCUGCGCUGCGUGGCCACCGCCUUGCCGCCACCACGCUUCGUGUGGCUCCUAGAUGGGCAGCCGCUACAGCAGAGCCUGCCCCGACACCGAUAUUCGAUAUCGGAGGAGAGGUCGGCGAGCGCGGUUGGCGAGGUGGUGUCGGUGCUUAACAUCAGCGCGACGCAGCCGAGCGACGGCGGCCAGUACACGUGUCGGGCUCACAACUCGCGCGGAGAGGCGCUACACUCAGCCAGACUCAAUAUCUAUGGUCCGCCGUCGGUGCGACAAAUGGCGCCCGUGCGAGCGGUGGCUGGAGAGAACAUCACCGUGCUGUGUCCCUACGCCGGAUAUCCGAUCAGGUCCAUAGAGCGAGGUGCGGUGGUCUAUGAGAGGUGCGGGCGGGGUGGUGGGGCGAACAGGGCGGGUUCGUGCGCGGAGUGCGGCGCUGAUGCUGUCCCCCGCACUGCCUGCUGAUGCCGGCGUGUACACGUGCAGCGUGAGCGCACCCGCCGCUCCUCCCGCGGUGCUCGACGUGGAGAUACAAGUCAGAAAUCCACCGAAGAUAUCACCGUUCAUGUUCUCACCGGAGCUGACGGAAGGCAGCUCUGUGCAAGUGCUUUGUGGAGUAUCGUCUGGAGACAAGCCUGUCUAUUUUUCCUGGCUUAAAGACGGAGAACCCUUAUCACCAAAAUUGCAGAUAGAAGAGAAGAGUUUAAAUGAGUUUUCACUGCUGAUGUUCCCGCAGCUGUCUGCACGGCAUAGCGGCCAGUACACGUGUCGCGUCACUAACCACGCGGCCACUGCCGAUUACACAGCCACGCUUGUCGUCAACGUGGCUCCGGCUUGGCACAUGGAACCGUCGGACAUGUCGGUGCUACUCGGGUCUCCGCUGCGGCUGGAAUGUGCUGCCCGAGGUCACCCCACGCCACUCGUCACAUGGUACCGGCGGAUCGCUGCAGCUAGUGCGGGAAUAUCGGGAGUUUCGGAAAGUACAGAUUCAGAGGGAUGGGAAGCAAUGGGGUCAGAAUGGGAGAAGGGCAGCGGCGAUCGGGGAAUUGGACGUGCGAUGGUAGUGUCACCUGCUGCCACGCGAUCGUUGGCGGGGCUAUACCGGUGCGCCGCUAGCAAUGGUGUCGGACCGCCGCUCCAUAAGCACAUUAAUGUUACGGUCCAAGAGGCCGCGAACUUUGGCAGUGCAAGCGACAUGUUGCGCAACGUGAGUGCCGUACGCGGGGAGAGCGCCAAGCUGAGCUGUAUCGCGCGCGGAGACCCUCCACUCACCCUGCACUGGUCCUACCGGGGGGCAGCACUCGACCUCACCAGCUACAGGUGGCGCGUAGCGGAGGAGCGAACGAGCGAAGGCGUGCGCUCGACACUCAGCGUGACGGCAGCUGAGCGGCGUGACGCGGGCGAGUACCGCUGUCACGCCGCCAACCGUCACGGCAGCUCCGAC